AUGGAUGAGAAGCAGAUUGAGAUUGUAGCGAAAAGGUCUGGGAGUCCCAAUGUGGUGGAGGACAGCCGUGUUUUCGACAGGAACAUUCAGAGUGCAGACACUGGCAAUGGGCACAGCACCUGUUGUACCAAACUCCAGGAGUCCUGCCCAGGACCACCAAGGGGUCUUCUUGCCUCCAUAAUAACCAAAGUGACUAUGGCUGCACUGCUCUUUGGGGUGGUCUGGUCCAUCACCGGGAAGGAGUGUCUUCCAGGAGGGAAUCUUUUUGGCAUUGUGGUGUUAUUCAUUUGUGCUAUAUGUGGGGGGAAGCUGGUUGGACUCAUCCAGUUCCCUACACUGCCUCCAUUCCCUCCACUUCUCGGAAUGCUGUUGGCUGGUCUCCUCCUACGCAAUAUCCCUGUGAUCAAUGGCACAGUCAACAUUGAUGUGAGAUGGUCAGCUGGCCUGAGGAACAUCGCCCUUGCCAUUAUACUAACCAGAGCUGGACUGGGACUGGAUGCAUCGGCUCUUAAGAAACUGAAGGCAGUGUGUCUCAGAGUGGCAGUGGGGCCCUGUUCAAUAGAGGCUUGUACAGUGGCGGUUGUCUCUCACUUCCUGAUGGCCCUGCCUUGGAUCUGGGGCUUCAUUCUUGGGUUUGUGCUGAGUGCCGUCUCCCCUGCAGUGGUGGUUCCCUCCAUGCUCCUCCUGCAGAAGGAUGGGUACGGUGUGGAUAAGGGUGUUCCCACUCUGCUCAUGGCUGCUGGCAGCUUUGAUGACAUCCUGGCCAUCACUGGCUUCACCACCUGUCUGGGCAUGGCCUUUGCCACAGGGUCCACCUGGUUCAACCUGGGUAAGGGGAUCCUGGAGGUGGUUGGGGGCAUGGCAGCGGGGGUGGUCCUUGGCAUUUUCAUCCGAUUCUUCCCCAGUAAAGACCAAGAAGACCUGGUGGUGAAGCGCUCGGUCAUGCUCCUGGGCCUGUCCAUUUUUGCAGUAUUUGGAAGUCGUGUUGCUGGUUUUUCUGGUGCAGGUGGACUGUGCACCCUGGUAAUGGCUUUCCUGGCAGGACUCAGCUGGGGAGAGUCAAAGGGUCCAGUGGCAGGAGUUGUCGGGAGGUCCUGGGACAUCUUCCAGCCGCUCCUCUUUGGACUGAUUGGAGCUGAAAUCACAGUCUCCACACUGAAUCCCAGUACUGUGGGGCUGGGUCUGGCAGCUCUCAGCAUUGGGCUAGUUGUACGUGUUCUCUUCACCUUUGUCAUGGUGCUGUUUGCUGGCUUCAACAUGAAGGAGAAGGUGUUCAUCGCCCUGGCUUGGCUCCCUAAGGCCACUGUGCAGGCAGCCAUUGGGUCGACUGCUCUAGACAUGGCCCGCAGUAAAGGGGACCCAGUGCUGGAGAAGUAUGGUAUGGAUGUGCUGACGGUGGCGGUGCUCGCCAUCCUGGUCACGGCGCCCAUAGGAGCCUUGGGCAUUGGGCUGGCGGGACCGCGACUGCUGCAGAAACGCAAAGACACUGCCCUGGAAAGCACACAGGCAGAGGGUAGGACAGGCGGUGGGUCGGAGACUGCGUCAGACCCUAUGGCUGAGCCCUCCACAACAUACGAGAGCUCAAUUUGA